CUGGUAGUUAGCUGCGGGACCACGACUGCUGAGCCGAGGGGUUUGAAUAUCAACCGGGACAGCAAGUGAGACUGCGAAUUUAUUCCAACGGACUUCUGUUGCGUUGACGGAUGAGCUGGCUGUAAGAAAGAACAGGGAGCAUUGGGGCACACCGUCUGGAAAAGAGGCUAUUGCUCGCGCUGUUCGGUUCCGUAGCAGAGCAGUCAGUGGCAGGCAAACUCGUCGGCGGUUGACUUGCUGUCGACUAGCGGUUAGCCUAGCAUACCUGUGGUCCAGCAGCAUUGUGCAGGCCGGCGUUGUGCUCGGAGAUGGUCCUAGCCAUGGAGGACGCCUGUCCAAACGGGGUGGAGGUGGAGCCCCCCCCAGACGGGCCGGCAGAGGCAGCGGCAGCAGCCGGAGAGGAGGGGGUCGAGGAGCCCGCGCUGGGGGCCGACACACCAGGAGCGAUGCAGCAGGUGUUGGAUAACCUGGGCGAGUUGCCCAACUCUACGGGGGCCAAGGACAUCGACCUCAUCUUCCUGCGAGGCAUCAUGGAGAGUCCUAUUGUACGCUCACUCGCCAAGGCUCACGAGCGAUUGGAGGAUGUGAAGUUAGAGGCAGUCCAGGACAACAACGUGGAGCUGGUUACUGAGAUCCUGGGAGACAUCAGCAGCCUCAGCGUCCGUGACGACAGCGCUGCAGAACUCUCCAGAAUCCUUCAGGAACCCCACUUCCAGUCGCUUCUGGAGGCCCAUGAUAUGGUGGCGUCAAAGGGUUACGAGGCCCCUCCCCCAACCGAUAUGACGAAUGAUGCGUUGGUGAACAGUGCCCUGAUGCAGGCCGAUGCUGUGCGCAUGAUCGGCAUCCGCAAGAAGGCCGGCGAACCGCUGGGUGUGACGUUCCGCGUGGAGAAGGACGACCUGGUCAUCGCCAGGAUCCUGCAUGGCGCCAUGAUUGACAGACAGGGGCUGCUGCACGUCGGUGACAUCAUCAAGGAAGUGAAUGGGCGGGACGUAGGGAACAACCCCACUGAGCUGCAGGAGAUGCUGAAGGACUGCAGCGGAGGAAUCACCCUUAAGAUCUUGCCCAGCUACAGAGAUGCCCCGGCCCCACCGCAGGUGUACGUGCAGCCACACUUUGACUACAACCCGGCCAGCGACAGCCUGAUCCCCUGCCGGGAGGCGGGGCUUGCCUUCAAGCGUGGGGAUGUUCUUCAGAUCGUCAACAGAGAGGACCCCAACUGGUGGCAGGCGUGUCAUCUGGUUGAGGGGGCAACAGGACUGAUUCCCAGUCAGUUCCUGGAGGAGAAGAGGAAAGCCUUCGUCCCACGAGACUUUGACGGCUCAGGGAUCCUUUGCGGGACAAUUGCUGCAAAGAAGAAGAAGAAAAUGAUGUACUUAACGGCCAAGAACGCAGAGUUUGACAGGCACGAGCUGCAGAUCUACGAGGAGGUGGCAAAGAUGCCACCCUUCCAGAGGAAGACGCUCGUUCUGAUUGGUGCUCAGGGGGUGGGCCGCCGCAGCCUGAAGAACCGAUUGGUGGUGCUCAACCCCACCCGCUUCGGCGCCACUAUACCCUUCACCUCACGGCGUCCCCGUGACGACGAGCUGGACGGCAACUCGUACAGCUUCGUGGGUCGGCCGGAGAUGGAAGCAGACGUGAGGGCGGGCCGUUUCCUGGAGCACGGCGAGUACGACGGGAACCUCUACGGCACCAAGAUGGAUUCCAUCCAUGAGGUGGUGGACACAGGACGCACCUGCAUCCUGGAUGUCAACCCACAGGCCCUGAAAGUCCUGAAAACAGCAGAGUUCAUGCCAUACGUUGUAUUUAUCGCUGCGCCGGAGUUUGAGACUCUCAAGUCCAUGCACAAAGCUGUGGUGGACGCCGGCAUCACCUCCAAACAGCUCACAGACGUGGACCUGAGAAAGACGGUGGACGAGAGCGCACGGAUUCAGAGGGCGUACAGCCACUACUUUGACCUCACCAUCGUCAACGACAACUUGGACCAUGCCUUUGAGAUACUACAGGCCGCCGUGGACAAACUCUGCUCUGAACCGCAGUGGGUUCCAGUCAACUGGGUCUACUGACCUGGUGGGUUGCAGUGACUGUUCGUGAUUGUGUGUGGUUUCCAAACACCGUGGCAGAGGGAUCAGAGAAGUUACUUCUGCAAAACAAAAAUACAAUUGUGCUGUUACUGCAAAAACAACUUCCGUGUCCUUUUCCCACCCUUUACCAGGCACACAAUGCAACUUUUUACACCUCAAAGGGAAAGAGUGCUUAUUUAUUUUAGUAUUUGUAACUUUUUACGGAAAAAUAAUAUUUCUACUUGUACCAAUGUGGCAUUUACAUAAAAAGAAACAUCAGGCCAAAUAUUUUGGCCAUAUUUUUUAAUUUAUUGACAUGUUAUAAUACUUGAUUUUAUACAGUGGUUGUUCCCAUUUCCUAAGAGCCUGUGUAUACUGGUUUGGGGACUGAAUACUAUCAUCACAGAGAAGAUAAGACACUGUGUAAAGUUCCAGAACUUUGAGCAGUGCUGCCAAGGAUAUGGCUUCAUGGCACUGUGUCAUUGCCAUGACAACUAGUGUCAUAUAACCCUGCGAAACCAAAACCCACUCUUGUAAGUUCCUUAGAACCCCCUGCUGCCACGCACACUCCAAAGAAAGCCCCUCUUUCUCCUCCCUUCUUCUAAAGAAGAACCCUUACCAUUCCUCAUUCUGGUCUUGAGCUGAAUUUGUUGUUAAAAUACCCUCAUAUAUUCUUCCUCAAGUCAAGAGCUUUAAACUGUUCUAUUUAAUAUCAAGAUCAUACAGUGUGUCCAUGUUUAAUCAAAGUUUUUCAAGACAUGUCUAGUUUUGUUUUACUACUGUAGGAUUUAAUGUCUUUUGUUUAUGUGAUUUUCUUUUAGCUGCAUUUUGUCAUCGAUGAUCCUUUACUUUUUGUGUGUUUUUACAAAAAACGACAAAAAACCUCCUGUCACCACACAUUCGAUGUAUUUCUAAAGCAUGGCCAUCAGAACAUAUUUUCCCAUCUCCUCUGUUCUCCACUAGACCAAGAUUGAAGUUGUUCAUAUCUGGAAAUGUGGCACAAAACUACAUUUCCCAUAAUCCUCUUGUUCAGUGUCUCAAUAUGCACCAACGCCCUUUACACCAUGUAUGUUUCUGUCGUUCUUCUGAAGUUUAUAAUAUCCUGACCUGAUGACAGCCAAGAGUGAAAGUUACAGGAUGAACUUGGACCUUACUAAGAUCUUUUACUGAUGUAGAUGUACUUUGAGCACAUGCUUUAAACUCUAGAAGACUACCACCCCCUUCAGCUAUCCAGUGUGUAUUGAUGAGUUUUUAAACCAAUGUCCGAAAGACUUGUGUUGUAGGAGCACAUUGCUAUUAGCAAACCAUUGUUACAAUAAAUAAAUGUAAAUCUUUCAAAAGCUUGUUUCUUGUCUGUCAAGAA